UGUUGGUGUUUGCGCGCGGUGUGUACGCCGAGUUGUGUCCUGGUACUUCCGAGUUGCGACGGCUGCGACGCGUGCAUUUCAAGUUUUAUUAAAUUAGAUUGUGUAAAGUUGGGGGUGAUUGAUGGGUAAAAUAAGUGCGAAGGAUGUGGCCACGGGGAGGUGAAGAUACGUGAUUGAAAAAUUUUACCGAUACGAGAGUGUGGGCGGGCAAAAGAUAAUAUAAUUCAAAAGAAAAAUGAAACCGCAAUCAAUGGUCUGUCCGCUGCUACUCGAAAGGUGACGACAUACAAAAGUUGAGUGUAAUACAUACGCUGCCGACGCUCCUGGCUGGAGACGCACAGUUAUGCGUGUCACGAUUAAUUCCCAAGAUGCAGCAGACUCUGUCGAAUGCUUCCUCAGAAUUCCACAUGGCUGCCUCGUCGACUUUCAAAACAAUUCUCGAACAGAAAUUGGUCAAUCCUACGACCUUUACUCAAACAUUUUUGCAGAGCAUUCUAAACUCCCUGGACAGCAGGGAUCCGGUGGUCGCUCAUGCGUGGUUGGAAACCUUGUUAGAUGUCAUCGAAUUACUACCUACAGAAGUCAUACGGCACGAGAUCCUUCCUAUGGCUAUAUCGAAAGGACAGUUAUCUCAGCCAAUUAGCUCUAGAAUAACAUGCUGCAAAUUACUAGGAAAAAUUUGUACCCGUUUUGACACACUUUUAAUAAAAAAGGAGGUCCUGCCAACGGUGCAUUCGCUCUGUCAAGAUGUGAACAGUGAUGUGCGAGCUUGUAUCUGCUUGCAGCUGAGCUUUGUUGCUCAGGGUCUUGGUGUUGAAUCUGUAAAGCCUGCGCUACUUCCAUCACUAGUUGAACUUGCCAGCGAUGAAGAAAGUACUGUGAGGCACGCUUCUGUCCAGACCAUUGUACAUUUAUUACCUCAUUUUCAACAAGAAACAAUAAAGGGAAUCAUAGCACCCCUUAUAAAAAAACUAUGUGAAAGUGCACUGAAGUCUGACGAUAAUGUGAUCUGUGUAAUUGCCCAAGAAUUUGGCAGGCUUGCUCUUGGCCUUGAGCGGGCCUUAACAGUCAAUGAGAAAACUUGGCUGAUAAGAUAUUUCCAACAACUUUCCCAACUAGGCAUUCCAUCUAUGAAUAAGGAUAUGAAACAAGAAUUUUCAUUUGCCAAUAAAGCAGCCAACAGUCCUCAGACCAACGAAAGGUAUGUGGAAUGCCGCCGUCAGUGUGCAUUCAACUUUCCGGCCAUAUGUCUUUUCACAUUAAAUACCUUUGAAAAAUUGGAUAUAAUAUUACCGACAUUUACUGAUUUGACUUCUGAUCCGUAUUACAUGGUCCGGAGAACAAUCGCUUGUGGAAUUCAUGAGGUUGGCAAAGUUCUGGGCUCGCAAAAUGGAUUGAUAAAAAAUGAGCUUAUUAGAUUGCUGAAGGAUGACUCUGAAGAAGUUUUGCAAGGACUGGUGCCACAUUUGGCUCAAACUUUUGAUCUUUUGACUCAGAGUCAAACAAUUGGGACUGAUCAGACGGAUGGAGCUAUUUUGGAUGUGUGUAGAGCAAUUUUAAAAUGUGAAGUCGAAAUUGCUAAUACCUACAACUGGAGACUUUCGGCUUUAAUAUUAAAUCAGCUUGAGAUUUUACCACGAUGUAUUCCAAGUGAUUUAAUUAAUUCCCAUUUCACUCCGAUGGUGUUCAAUAGAGCAUUAAAUGCGAGACCAUUGCCAGUGCGUUUAGCUGCUGGCAGAUUACUGCUGAUAUUUUUGAGAUAUAAUCUAAAACCCAUGCAACGAAAUGAGCUUCGGAAUAGAAUUUAUACAGAAUUUGCACAUAGUAAUAAUUGCUAUACUAGAAUGUUGUACAUACGGAUGAUGCAGGAAGCCAUGAUCAUCUUCUCCACAACUUACUUUAAAGAAAAUUUCUAUACCACACUGUUGAGCAUCACUGAAGAUCCAGUUGCAAAUAUCAGAAUGAAAGUGGUUUCAAUGCUACCUCAGCUGAAAGCUAUGUUACGAAUGUCAAAUGACAAAAGAUUGUUGGCUAUGCUAGAAGGCAACGUGCGGGCGUUGAUGAGCCUUGAAAAAGAUCGGGACGUUGUAUAUACAUUGACUAAUGUCAUUCACAAAUUAGACAGUAUCGACGUUAAACAAGAUGGUCAACACGUAAAGCCUGCAGCAAAAUUAACUCGUCAAGAAAUCGAUGAUGCAAGGAAGCUAGAGGAAGAAAAAAAGCUAACAGCAAUGACUUCCUCUAAGCCAGCUGCGACAACUGCGACAGUAAAUCAACCUACCACAACCCAGCGGAAGCCAAAUGCAUCCGGUCUUCCUAAACAAAUAUCCCCAACUACUCCAAAGCCAAGUACAGAAGGAUCCAUUGGGGCAAAUAGACAAAGACAAGGAAGUCUGUCAUUGGUUGAUAACCCAUAUAAACAGUCUUCCCAGUAUUCAAGAAUCAAACAGCCUAGUUCAUCUGAGCCGCCAAGCAAACAACCAUCUCCUAAACGCGAUGGAGGCAUGGCUUCAAUUACCAACAAGAGAAUGCCAGAUGCAAAAACAAGUACCUCUAGCAACAAUCUCACUUCGAGCUGGGCUCGGCUUACCUCUAACAGCAUGCUACUAACUCACCCUUGGGAAACUAUCAACCACACAAGCUCUAACGCUGGUGUAAGCUCGGUUAAUUUUAAUUAUAACUUUUCCGGUGAUAAUCAUAAUACCGAUUUUAAAACAGCAUGCGGUUGCUCAGAGUCUGCGGAAGAUAUUUCUCGAAGUAGAUACUCGUUAAUAAAUUCAGGCGAACAGGAACAUAAACCAAUUAUGCGUUGCUGUUCUUGCUUUGACACUAAUACGGAGUAUUUGAAAUUAAACGUACCUCUGCAUCACAAGCAUCAUGGGCACCCCACAUCAGAGUUUGCUAAGUCCUUUGUACUAACGCAUCUAAAAGAAAAUAAAAACGAGUUGCAAGAUUUUCUACUAACAAAGGGAAAUCACGAGGUGGUUAAAGAUAAGGAACCAGAUUUUGCCGCUCUACGGGCCCUAACAAAUGCAGCUCACUAUAAUUCUUGUUGGGCUUUUAGCUCAAUGCCUGAAAUUCCAGUCACUCUCCUUGAUGACGAGUUUCUUGUUGAUGCGGGGAUUCGUAUUCCAGCACAGUUAUCGUCAAGCCAAAGUACAUCAAAAAUACCCAACUUACAGGACAUUAUUUAUCGUAACAGAAGAGAGGGAAGUGUCGAUAGAUCGCAUCGUAGCAGUGUUAAUUUUGACAAAGGCAAAUCUAAAAGGCAAUCUGCUGAAUAUGAAGAUUGUGUUAAACCGAAGGUACUAAUUAGUGAUCCAAUGAAAGUAAAACGCAAUUUAGACGAUUUUGAAGAAGGUUACAGUCUUGGGAAAAUGUCAGGCAAAUCGGAUGAACAAAUUUCCAAAGAGGAUUUCAAGACCAAAAGAUAUUCGGGAUCAUAUGCAAAAACUAAAUUUGGUUACGAGCCCAACCAGAGCAAAUCUAGUGAUGAAAAACCAAAAAGAAACUCACUGUACGUGGACAAGGAAAAGUCAAAGCUUUUACAAUCUAAAAGCACGAUUGAUAAGAACAAACGCUAUUCCGCUAAUUAUACCUCUCGAUUACCGGAUGCUAAAGACGUUAAACAUAAAUUUAAACGCCACAGCUUAGAAGUAACUGAAUGUACUCCUAUGCCACGCGCCGAUCGCGCCAUACGAAGGUAUUCGGCACUGGAUGUAAAUCAUAAUCAAGGGAUAAGUAAAAUUCCUUUGAGAAGUAAUUUUGUUUCGGGUAGCAGAACUGCACCAGCAACUAGAGCUUCUAGUCCUGUAAGAUUAUGUACCAAAUUAUAUUUUAACAAAUCAAGUGGCAGCGAGGUUCAGACAUCUACAAGAAAUAAAUUUUUAACUAGAUUUAGCUCAAGUGACGAGGAAGUUGAUAAACUUUGUCAUAAAUUCAGUACUUGUCAAACAGCUACCAGUAACAGGGCAGAAAGUCCCAGAACAAGGGAUAGCAGAUUGCCUGUGCGUCUUCAGAAAAAGAAAAUCUGAAAUAUAUGUCUGUUAUCAAUUAGUUUCCAUAGAAAUUGAAGUAUUCUGUUAAUUAUAUUUAUUUGUUAUAUUCUAGUUUUACCAUGAGUAUUUCGCAAAGUAUAAUACUUCUAGUGAACAUAAUAUAAUAAUACGUGAAAUAGUAGUAUUUUCGAUUACUUCUAGUAUCGAUCUCUUAUUACAGAAACGUGUUUCAAAUAUGUAAUACCAGCUUAUCCUGAUUUGUAAUUUGACUUCUUCAUCACGCACACUUUAUCUUUGAUCUGUAUCAUCGCAUUACAGUAAUACUUGAAAUCUGUACAACAUUUAGAAGUAACAUUGCGACAGAAGCAUAAAACUUUUACAAUGUUUUUGCUUGUCCAUUAUUGAUGGUCAUCGAUAGAUGAGGAACGAGGCUAAUGAUUAUUCAAAUGCAAUUUUUUAAAUUCCAGCCAGUGAUUGAAACCUGUGUUUUAUAGUCGAAAACAAUACUGAUAUUCAAUUUUUAACAAUUUAUUAAUUAUUCGUUAUCGUAAUAGAUUGUUUAGGUCGUGAUAGUUAUAAAAUAGGACCUGAGUGUUAAACUUGUUAAUACUGAUUUUAGUUUAUUUAACAUGAUAAGUUCAUUUAUCGUAUUUAUAUUUAUAUUACUCCUAUGAACCUCAAGCAUUAAAAUACCUGCUGUUAUAUAUUAUACCGAUAAAAUCUCACAUGUUUAUUGCACACAUAUUUUGGAAAUGUUGACUUCGAUUUUUUCAGUUAAGAAAAUACGUGUUGCGAAAUGCAACAAUAUUGUACCAGGGUACAUAAAACGAUUCUCACCGAUUCAAUACUGUUGUUACAAAAAAGUGCAGAACUGAAAUUGUAUAACUGUUCUAUAUUUCUACGUAAUUAGUUUUAAAAGAAAACUAGUCAUAUAUGAUCUGUUUGAGAGGGAUAGAUUAAUAAAUAUUACAAACUGUAAUUAUAAAUCAUAUGUAUUUCUGCAGCCCGAAACAACCGGCCGCAUCUACCAAGAAGUGAUGAAAAUUUCUUUAUAACAAGACAAGGCUUGUGUACUUACGAAUGUAAAGGUUUGAUGAGCAUAGCUAAAGAUCUUUAUUGAAUCUCGAAUGAAAACCUAUGAUUAGAGCUUUAUUUACGCCAAACAACAUUACAUAAGUUACAUAAAUCGAAAAUUACGAAGCUUCACUUUUGAGUCAUUAUUGAACGCUGUUUUUUUUAAGGCUGAUUCGAAUGGAUUUGCCAUGUGAGGAGAGCAAAUCAACCAACAUCCACUGAAAAUUCAGAUCGGUUUUUCAACACUGGUGAAUCCAUGUAAUAUUCUCAUGGGCUGCUGAAUGUAAAAUGCAAAUAAUUCUAAACUAUGUAUCUUCGUAUAGAUCGUAUUAUUUAUUUGAAGCAUGUUAACAAUAUGUAUGAAAAUAGCGGCUUCUCGAGAAGACGAAUGUACCUCGGUGCGGAAAUGGCUUUCAGUGCUGCAACAAUUACUAGGCUUUUAAUCGGAUUUACGUUCAUGAUUCGAUACUAUCAGUUUUAUUUUUUAUAAAAAUAUUCAAUGGCUGACUUGGUAAUUGGCAUGUUGAGUUCUUGAACGCCAACGCAUCGAGGUAUGUCUGAUCUGCUCAUAUUCUUGAUAGAAUGUCUUACAUUGAUUAAUACAAUCAUGAUAAAUGAGAGUUUAUCCAAUUGAAAUGUUUUAUAUUUGUUUGGUAUAUCUUGUGAUUUUAUUACGUCACUGUAAUGCUGAAAACUUGGUAAAGUUUUUUCAAGAUAUUAUGCCGUACAUGUAUAUACGGAUAUUUUUAGUUUGGUUGAUUAUCAGACGCAGCGGCACAUGUAUUGAAAUAAUAUGCAUACUGAUUGUAACUCUACCAAAUUUUCAGUGAAUAUACCAAGUUUAGACCAUACAAAAUGAUUAUAGUUUCACCAAUCAUGCUUAAAUAACGCUACUUAUUUUUGUAUAGAUCUACAAGAAUGCUAUCAACUGUUGUGCCAGUGAAACGAGAAAUAGGCAUGUGUAUAUCAAUAGAGAUAUUAUAUAUCAUUGAAUGAGACGACGUGUGUUAUUUUUGUAUCAUUAAACCCUGGGCACGAAAA